AGAGCAGUGGGUCCUGACAGACAUUAGUAUUCGCUGUCCAUCAGCCAUCAUGAUUCUUAUAACUGCAUUUCUGCUGGUGAUUCUGACAGGACACAGCACAUCUGAAUAUCUGCAGACACUCGAGUGCCCAUAUGAGAAUAAGAAUAUAUCUGCGAAAAGGCAGAGGGUGUGGUGCAAAAGAGAUGCCCACGACGAAAACUGCUGCACGGGCCUUUCCUUCCAGUCGACCGUUACUGUGCUGGAGGGAGGCAAAGUAGACGUGGAAGAUGAUGGAAAGUCCUUCAAAGUCUCUGUACGGGAAUUACCUCAAGGAGAUGGAGUUUACUGGUGUGGGUUCAUGACUGAGGACAAGGCUAUCGUUAAACUGGCCGAGGAUUACUUUACCGAGACUCCGUUUAACUUCAUUUGGUCCAUCCUCCGUUGGAUUUUAUUUCUUUUGCUUUUGUUGUUGACCAUCUCAAUUCACAUUUAUUCAAACAGGAAAGACGCAGUCACAAAGACAACAUAAAUGAUGCCUGAUGCCAAAGGAGGUGAAAGAAAGAGGCAGCGGUCGAAGAAUAAAGAGAACACGGUUGAACAAGCCGUCCAAUGCAAAUGUAGCCAACAAUUUAUAUUUUUUCUUCUAAAGAAUAGUAUAGCUUCUACAGAAAGUUUGAUUUAAAAUGCAUUUAUUAAUUAUGUGCCAUUUGGAAAUUAACAUUAACAUAGGUGCAAUAUGAUUUUAUUUGUAGAUACAGAAAUAAAAGCUUGUCGUGUUUGGAUUUAGUAUGAGAAAGUUUAAUUGUUCUUGAAAAUAGAAAUUCGGGUCAAUUAUUGGGUAAAUUAAACUGUUGGGAUACGUUUAUUAAUAAUUUUAAAUUUACAGUUUAACUCUGUGGUUGGGUUUGUCAAUAUUUGACCCAAAAUUGGGUUGAAACAACCAGUAUUAAUAAGAGUGUGCUUUUAUCAUGUAAAAUAUUUUUACUGUGGAUGUUUUCCUCAUUAAAAUAUGCCUGAACCUGCAAUUUGCUAAAUAAACGUCCUUGAUGUAAAAAACAAAGCAAAACAAAUGUCAUCAUUGCAACACUCAAAGAGUGACGUUUGCUGUUUGUUCAAACUAUUUAUUUAAAAUGCGCUGAAACAACAAUUCUUGAGGUUUUUUAAGGGGGGACUAAUGUUAACU